UCGCAUGGUAAUUUUUUACCGGUAGGUGUAAGGAAGAGAAGUUUGCGGGAACAUGGCUCGUACCAAGCAAACUGCCCGUAAAUCCACUGGUGGUAAGGCACCUAGGAAGCAGCUCGCUACGAAAGCAGCUCGCAAGAGUGCGCCCUCUACUGGAGGGGUCAAGAAACCUCAUCGCUACAGGCCGGGUACUGUGGCUCUCCGUGAAAUCAGACGUUAUCAGAAAUCUACCGAACUUCUGAUCCGCAAACUUCCCUUCCAGCGUCUGGUGCGUGAAAUUGCUCAGGACUUCAAAACAGAUCUGCGCUUCCAGAGCGCUGCUAUUGGUGCUUUGCAGGAGGCAAGUGAAGCCUACCUGGUUGGCCUGUUUGAAGAUACCAACCUUUGCGCUAUUCAUGCCAAACGUGUCACAAUCAUGCCAAAAGAUAUCCAGCUAGCACGCCGCAUACGUGGAGAGCGUGCUUAAACUCCACUAUGGUGGGUUCGUCCUUCUCAGUACAAAUCUCUUCUUCCUGUUAUUGGUAGUAAUGAACGUUAGAUAUUUUUUUUCCAUGGGGUUAAAAGGUACCUAAGUAUAUGGUUGCAAAUGGAAACAUAGGGGACAGAAUCGGGUAUUGGCAAGGUUUUUUUUUUUCCAUUUUCAUUUGUGUGUGGAUUUUUAAUAUAAAUGCGGGGACAUAAAGCAUUAAUGCAGUCAAAAAUGUUUCAAUGAACAAGUAUCAACAAUUCAACUUUAUAACAAUUAUAAAUAAACCUGUCAAAUUUUUCUGGAGAAUGCCAGCAUUUGGAUUUUUUUAAAACAAGUAAAUUUCUUAUCAAUGGCAAUUAAAUGGUGUUUGUAGCAUUUUUAUCAUACAGUAGAUUCCAUCCAUUCGCUAUACUUUUCUAACUGAGUUGUUCUACAUGCAAGUACAUGUUUUUAAUGUUGUCUGUCUUCUGUGCUGUUCUUGUAAGUUUGCUAUUAAAAUACAUUAAAUGAU